AGUAUUUGAAUUGGUAUGAUACUAGAAAAGGAUGCUAAUGAGAAGCUUAAGGGUCCAAAUGCACCAAUUGUUGGUCUGAUUUUGCAGAGGAGUCACAUUGUUACUGGGGAUGAGAGUCAGUAUGUGGCUGUGAUUAUGGAAUUGGAGGCAAAAGGGGCUAAAGUGAUUCCAAUUUUCGCCGGUGGGCUUGACUUUUCAGGGCCUGUGGAGAGGUAUUUGAUUGAUCCAAUCACGAAGAAGCCGUUUGUGCAUUCAGUGAUAUCACUUACUGGUUUUGCACUUGUCGGGGGGCCAGCCAGGCAGGAUCAUCCCAGGGCUGUUGAGGCACUGAGGAAGCUUGAUGUGCCUUAUAUUGUUGCAUUGCCUCUGGUAUUUCAGACAACUGAGGAAUGGUUGAAUAGUACCUUGGGGCUUCACCCAAUUCAGGUAGCUUUGCAAGUUGCUCUGCCAGAGCUAGAUGGAGGCAUGGAGCCCAUUGUUUUUGCCGGUCGGGAUCCUAGAACAGGAAAAUCACAUGCUCUGCACAAGAGGGUGGAGCAACUUUGUACUAGAGCAAUCAGAUGGGGUGAAUUGAAGAGAAAAUCAAACGUAUAUUUGCAUUUGUGCUAA